AAUAAUUUGCCACAAGAUGUUUGUGUAUCGAUCACCCUUCUGAUAAUUGGUACAAAACUCCCGUGUGUGUGUGUGUGUGUGAGUGUUUUUUGUUCACAACAGGACCUGCGCUAGACGAGAUGGUGACGCGACAAUGAACCCGAGGUCAAGAACAACCUGGCACGUGCAGCACCCGGAACAACCCGUGGGCGAGCACGCGGGCGUCUACCUCUUCCCUAACGGCGUGUAUGCCGUCCUGUACAGCGGCGACAUCACCAAGGCGACCGCCGACGCCGUCGUCAGUGAGGAACCGUCCGACUUGAAACCGACCAACUUCGUGUCGCGCGCCUUGUUGACGAAAAGUGGCGAGCAGUACCGAGAUGACCGGUGGGAACUGUUACGGAGUUACGGGGAGCUCAAGUACGGGCAGGUGUACGAGACGAGGGCGGGUUCGGGCGUGAACUUCUUCUACACGUUCCACGCGAUAAUGACCACGUUCCAGGAAGGCAGGGAGAAGGAGUGGCUGCGGUGCUCCCACGACCUGUACAGAAACAUCUUCAGACGAGCAGACGACAAACUGUCGACCACUUUAGCCAUGUCGCUCCUAGGAACAGGUUCUGUCGGCGCACCCACCCACUACGCCGCAGACGCGUUCAUCCAGUGCAUGGCCACCAUCAAUCCACAGUUCGUGAAGAAAGUCUUCGUGAUCAACGUCGACAGAGCCAUAACAGACGAACUCAGAAAAUCAUGCGUCAGUUUCUUGCACCAGCUCAGUCACCGCGCCAGAAUGGCCAGGCCCCUAGCGACUAACAGGUGCGUGCAGCUGAAAUCUGCCAGGAAUGAUGGCGACUCCUCGUUAAAAUCAGCUAGACGAGAUUCCACGGGAGUCACGAACGGCGUCUUACGUAAUGGCACGAGGUCUGAGACGGACGAAUCAAAACCCAGGGUCACGUUUCGUGACGACGUCCAGAGUCCGGAUUUGGAUUGGUCGAGGCCACUGCGGACUCUGAGAGAACGCAGACUAACGAGAAGUUACAAUGGACCCGAGUACCAAGAUUUGACCGACACGGACGCGAAAGACAGAACAAAAGAGAUGCCUGCUAAUGAUGUCGGAAGUGCCCUGAAAGGUUCGCACACCGACAGACUUAGACAUAGCAGCAUUGAAAGACUGAGUCUACAGAAUCACAGGCUGGAUAGAGAUCUGGUCCAUGACAGUAACAAUAUUCGACCUAGGUCCAAGCUACGAGCAGACACGCCUUUCAAAAGGGAGAAAAGUAAGGACGAGGAUGAUGUCACGGGAUCGGCCAGGCGGACACCACGAAAAGGAUUAGAGAAGCUUUCUGCUCGUGACACGCCCGACCACGCCUGGGACGACCCGGGAUCUGACGACUCUCCCGCCAAACCGGACAUACCUAGGUUGAGAAGCAGACGAUAUCACUCCUUACCCAGCACGUUCAGACCAGACAGAUCUGAGCUUUCUCCGAGACUCUACAACAGACUGAGAAGGUCGAGCAACUUCUCUGACACCCUGCUGCAGAACCCAGGCAGAUACGUUGACGUGGACGAGUGGUGCAAGAGUGGCGAGUACCACCCGACAGCCAGGACUGAAGAAACCAAGUACAGACCUUCCAGAAGCUUUCUGCUCAAACCCGCAAGGCGUGGUCACGGAAUGAGGCGUGUCCGGGCCAGCGAUCUGAGUGACGUGUCGCGAUGGGAGGCGGUGCACCCGAAGACGAGGCCGAGGGGGAGGAGAUCCCUGAUGAAGCAUCACGUGUGGCUGAAGGAGGCCGUCAACGUCAACACCGUGCACGACUCGGACGACUGGUACAGCGGCUCUGACAGCGGGAACGAGACUGACGAUGAACUCACGUGACGUAAUAAAACGGUGGCCAAUCGCGUGUCGGAAAGGAAUUUAAAAUCGACAUCCCUACCAAAGUUCUUGUUCUUUGAAAAUUGUUUCAGUGAUGAGAAUUCAAAAUGACUAACACGUGGCAAAAGGAAGUUAAUAUAGUGAGAGCCAGAUGUUAAAAUGGCGUAAUUUUAUAAUACCUCAGACCACUGGCUAAGGCAGGAGUUUAUGAAGGUGGGAGUGGGGGGUCGAACUGACCACAAGCGUAGUAGGUCCCACUGAAACUGUAAAACAAGCCAGUAUAUAAGGUUGAGGGUAAAAAGAUGUGAUGUGUAUGUGUGAGUGCGUGUGUGUUUGUGUGUGUGUGUGGGGGGGGGGGGGGGGGGGUGUCAAACAGACCCCAACCGUAGGCCUACUGGGUCCUAUUAAGACUGUGAAACAAGCCAGUAUAUAAGGUUCAGCCUUCAGGUGACUUUAUAAACACCACGGGAUACUCGGAAACGGCCUACACCCAAUUAUCCAGCAGUUACACAUGUGGCAUAUUACACAUCCGAUACAAAAUUAUUUAUCUUUAUUAUAGAAUAAAUGAAUACAUUGUUAUCAGUGAAUUAAAAAAAUUAAACAAAAUACUAAUAGUAAAUUAAAAUAUCAGAAACCUCAAGAUGAUUGUUUUGUUUCUAAGUUGUCUGGCCCCGUGAAGCGCUUCGUAGGACAAUCUUAUUAAAAUCGGUUCUUCAGGGGUAAGUUCAGUCAACUGCUUGUCGUUACAUUGAUUUAUGCGCUUCAUGUUAAACCAAAUGGCCACGUCAGGAACCAAUCAAAUAGUUCGCGAACGUUAGCGAAACUGUUGGCUGGACUGGACUGGCAACUCAUUUUACGUGCCCCUAUCCACUAGGGUUCAGGCACGCCCACCCCGGAUUCAGCCUCUGACUUCGCCAGUGACCGACUCCGGGGCGUGUUUGUUGGCUGAACAUGGGGCUUGUCUACCGAUAGUUAUAGACUGAUCGAACGAUAGUUACAGACUAGUCUACCGGUAAUUAUAGACUGGUCUACUGAGUUAGAGACUGGCAGGGGCUAGACUGGUACGGCUCGAGGUUGCCAGACUCUCUUUUCAAAUCCACAUGUGAAGGACAUUAUUACAGAUACAACAAAUAUAACCCACAAAAAAUAGAAAAAAAGAAAAAGAAAAGAAAGCCAUCUGCGCCACACCUUAACUGGUCUACCGGUAGUUGUAGACCAGUGGAGCUGAUUUCAAUCAGUUUGCCAGUGCUUGCAUGUGUGCGUGCGUGUUCCACAAAAAUGUGGCCAUUUUUCUUUAAUUUUAAACAAAACCGUUACCGUAAACAAUUUUUAAAAUAAUAAUCGCAUCUAUGCACAAGGCAGAGUGAAAUGGAUAUUUUGACAAGAUCAUGACUGCUACCACGAAUCAGUCAUAUAUUUUGUUAAUAGGCGGACUGUCGGUCCUAAGACAAUACAUCAUUCCUCUCCGCCUCAAAGAGGACCGCCACUUUUCAAUAUUGAUUCAACAAAUUCAA